AUGGAGGGAUUAACGCUGAGCGAUGCAGAGCAGAAAUACUACUCCGAUCUCUUCUCCUACUGCGACAUCGAGAGCACCAAGAAGGUAGCUUCCAACGGGAGGGUGGUGGAGCUGUUCCGGGCCGCGCAGCUCCCCAACGAGGUGGUCUUACAGAUUAUGGAACUUUGUGGUGCAACAAGACUUGGCUAUUUUGGAAGAAGUCAAUUUUAUAUUGCUUUAAAACUUGUAGCUGUGGCCCAGUCUGGCCUCCCAUUAAGAGUAGAAAGCAUAAAUACAGUAAAGGAUCUCCCCCUGCCCAGAUUUGGAGCUUCAAAGAAUGAACAAGAAUCUCGGCACACAACCUCAUAUUCUUCAGAUACUGAGAAUCAGGGUUCCUAUUCAGGUGUAAUUCCUCCACCACCUGGUAGGGUACAAGUUAAAAAGGGCUCUGUAAGCCAUGAUACCGUCCAGCCACGUCCAUCUACAGAUCAGCAGGAAUCCACAUCUCCAGUAGUUUCACCCCAACAGUCCCCUCCAACUUCUCCACACUCAUGGAGGAAGCACAAUCGCCAUCCCAGCGGAGGAAAUAAUGAACGUCCUCUUGCUGGACCUGGGCCUUUUUGGUCACCAUUUAGUGAAGCACAAACAGGUUCUUCAACUGGUGAUGCAAUGUGGUCUGGUCAUUCUCCACCUCCACCUCAAGAAAACUGGGUCAGUUUUGCAGAUACUCCACCAACCAGUACUCUUUUAGCCAUGCAUCCUGCUUCUGUCCAGGACCAGACAACAGUACGAACUGUAGCAUCAGCUACAACUGCCAAUGAAAUUCGUAGGCAAUCCAGUAGUUAUGAUGAUCCCUGGAAAAUAACAGAUGAACAAAGACAGUAUUAUGUAAAUCAGUUUAAAACCAUUCAACCUGAUCUAAACGGAUUUAUUCCAGGAUCUGCAGCUAAAGAGUUUUUUACAAAAUCAAAACUACCUAUUCUUGAACUUUCUCAUAUUUGGGAACUCUCAGACUUUGAUAAAGAUGGCGCUUUGACACUGGAUGAAUUUUGUGCUGCUUUUCAUCUGGUAGUUGCUAGGAAGAAUGGUUAUGACUUACCUGAAAAACUACCUGAAAGCUUAAUGCCCAAACUGAUUGAUUUGGAAGAUUCAGCAGAUGUUGGAGAUCAGUCAGGUGAGGUAGGUUACUCAGGGUCUCCUGCAGAAGCACCUCCAAGCAAGUCACCAUCAAUGCCAUCAUUAAACCAGACCUGGCCAGAACUAAAUCAGAGCAGUGAGCAGUGGGAGACAUUUAGUGAACGCUCUUCAAGCUCACAAACUCUGACCCAAUUUGAUUCUAACAUUGCACCAGCUGAUCCUGAUACUGCUAUUGUUCAUCCAGUUCCCAUUCGAAUGACUCCAAGCAAAAUUCACAUGCAGGAAAUGGAACUUAAAAGAACUGGAAGUGAUCAUACUAAUCCCACUAGCCCAUUACUUGUGAAACCACCUGACCUUUCAGAAGAAAAUAAGAUAAAUUCAUCAGUGAAAUUUGUUUCUGGAAAUACAGUUGCAGAUGGGUACAGUAGUUCAGACUCUUUUACCUCUGACCCAGAGCAGAUUGGAAACACUGUAACUCGGCAACGGUCACAUUCAGGAACAUCUCCAGAUAACACUGCACCCCCACCCCCACCUCCAAGACCUCAUCCCUCCCAUUCUAGAUCAUCAUCUUUAGAUAUGAAUAGAACCUUUACAGUCACAACAGGACAACAACAGGCUGGAGUUGUUGCCCAUCCUCCUGCAGUGCCUCCAAGACCACAGCCUUCACAGGCUCAAGGUCCUCAUGUGCAUCGCCCAGUGGAUGCUGAAGGCCUAAUAACUCACACUAGUACCUCACCUCAACAGAUACCAGAACAACCAAAUUUUGCAGAUUUCAGCCAAUUUGAAGUAUUUGCUGCAUCUAGUGUAAAUGAAGAACCUGACGAUGAAGCUGAAAAGCAUCCAGAAGUCUUGCAGGUUGAAAAAUCUUCUGAUCCUUCAAGUUCUCUUAGAGUUGCCAAAACAGAUGGAAGAGUUGAGGAAAAGACAGCUGCUAGUGCUCCUGCCAAUGUGGGCAAAAGCACAACACCUCUUGCUCCACCUCCUAAGCCUAUUCGUAGAAGAUUAAAAUCAGAGGAUGAACUAAGACCAGAAGUUGAUGAACAUUCACAAAAGACAGGUGUCUUAGCUGCUGUUCUAGCUUCACAGCCUUCUAUACCUAGAUCAGUUGGGAAGGAUAAGAAAGCUAUUCAGGCAUCAAUUAGACGUAAUAAGGAAACCAACACGGUUUUGGCCAGAUUGAAUAGUGAAUUGCAGCAACAAUUAAAGGAUGUUCUUGAAGAGAGAAUUUCCCUGGAAGUUCAACUGGAACAGCUUCGGCCAUUCUCUCAUCUAUAAGCCAAUUGCCGUUAACUGUGAACAUACUUAUUUUUAAUGGGGUAUCGGGCUCUCUCUAAGCCAGUUUGAAGACCAGACAUUUAGCUCACUGCUCUCUAUUCAGCGUUAAGUUUCGUGAUUGUUUUGUCCUUGUAUGUUCACCAUUGUAUUUAAGUUUUUUUGUUUUUUAAUUUCAACAAUAAAGAGGGCCAGGAUGACCUUUUUCUGGAAGGAAUGUUGUAUUUGUUGCCACUCCCGAUCCUUGCUGACCCCCAACAUAAAGAGUAUAUGAUAUUGGUCCAUUGUAUUAUGUUUAAGUGGCCAAACUUUAAACUGGAAUUUAUGUACAUAAUGGGCUUCUUCAGCUGCAUGUUGAGCACUGUCCACAGAAAUAUCUUUGUAGAAAAGGAAAAACAGUAAAGUGUAACAACUCUUAGAGUUGUUACUCUUUGGGUUUCAUUCUUUCCAUAUUACACCUAUAUUUGCUUUCUGAAAGUAGAUCAUUAAAACAAACUUCCUUCCUAAUCUUUAAAAUUGUCAGUACUGUAGUAGGCAAAGCAUUCUCUGCCUACGUACUAGGUACAGGAAAAGCAGCCUGUCUCUUUUGCAAUAAACCAAAUCAUUCAGGGUGCCACAGAGUCUUCGCAGGCUGCCUUGCCAUAUCAACCAAGUUGUCAUAUUUCCUAGUUUCUUAAUAACCCUACGGAGUGUAACUAAAAGUCACCUAUCAUGUUUUUCUUCACUUUUUUGAUUUAGCAGAAUUCAUGCAAACAACUAUGAUGUAGGGAACCUAGUGGUCUUUUCCCAAGUCUCUUCAGCAGAAAAAAAAAGGGGGAGGGCGUGGAAUUUUAUCCCUAACAUAGAGAUUAAAAUUUCCCCCCAACCAUCACUUCUAUCUGCAUGUUCCACACAAUUAUCUUUUAAUAAUUCAUAUCCACCAGUCUUUACUGUAACAGAUUGUCAUAUAUUGUGUGUCAAUACCUCUAUGGACUUUAAUUCCAACAAAAAGUACUUAGGAUUUCUGGGUUACUGUCUGUCAUCUUGUCACUAGCCUUAUUCUUUGGGCAUAUAGACAGGCUUUACACCAUUAACAGAGUUCCCUGAGUGUAUCCUACUAUUCAGGUUGAUGUACUGUAUUAGGAUUUGUUGUAUAUUGUAUGAUACAUGCCUUUUGAUCUCAUGUAAAUUUGCUUUAAUUGCUGACUAACAGCAGAUAAUCUAUUUAAUGGCUUAUUCUGGCUGUGGGAUCAUAGAUGUCAAACUGCAUGGAUGUAUCUCAGCAGAAUCAGAACUAGCAAUUGUGUGAUUUUUACACCAAUAAAACAGCACAAUAUUUUCA